AGGGUGUCCGGGGAGUAGGGUCGGGGCGGCGGGCUGCGGCGGGCCCGGAGGUCCGAGCCAGGAGCGGAGCCUGCAUCCGCCGCCCGCCCUUCGGGGACUAUCAGACCUGAGCCAAGAGGCAGGUGCACCGGGCAGAUGGGUCUGAGUCCUGUUGGACAGAAGAGAAACUGAGUCCCCGGCCCAGGAGCCGCAGGGUCAGCGGGCCCGAGGGCGCUGGGUCCGCCCGCGGCGCGGAGGGUGGGGUGGGCCUGUGCGCGGAGGUGGCCUCUGCCUGGAGAUCGGUUUCUCUUCUGUGUCCGCACCUCUUGGCUCGGGCCCCUGUGCUCCAUGACUCCGGCAUCUCCUGGCUUCGCGUUGGUUGGGGAUGGUCCCUGUGCUUGGAGCACCUGAGUGUGCAGGGCCUAGGCCGGCGAGGAAGGGGCGGGGGUGCUGCCUGUGGGGCUCAAUAGGAGUCUGGGGUUUGGGGGAGACCUUCUCGAGCUACCUUCACCCCAGUCCUGGUGCCGGUCAUUUUUCCAGUGUAAUAGCGGGGAGGAGCGCUAAAUUCCAUGCCCAGCUCUGCCGUUUGCCAGUUGUAAGGCCUCGGGAAAUCUCUUCCUUCUCUAAUUUCUCUUUUAGAAGAUUGGAACCCGCAAAGAUAGCAAUAAUGGUGGUCCUUUAUUUUGUGCUUACUUUGUGUUCCACUUAAUUCUCCCGAUAGAUACAAAAACUGAAGCUCAGAGAGGACAUAUAAUUUGUUCAAGAUUACACAGUUAAUAGGUGUCAGAGGUUGGAUUUCAUCCCAAGUCUGACUCCUUAAGCCAUGGCCUUAACCAGCAGGCUAGCCAGCCUUUAGGGCGCACUCCCCAGUGAGAGAAGAGGGAGGUGAAAAGGCCGAGGAUCCCCGCUCCCUGUUAUGUUUUAUUUAGUUUGUGACCAGCAAAAACUCGCCCUGACCCGACCUCCUAGCCUUUCCUCACCUGGUGCUGCUGCCUCUGAGCUCCAGACUGAAGGGGCAGCAAAGAAGUGGGCUGUGACCAUUGCAGGCCUUCUUCGCACAGGGCUUGGGUGCUGGGCCCUGGGGUCAGCUUCCAAGACAGUUGCUGUUUCAAUCCAUCAUCCGUCCACCCUCCUCACUGCUGCCGCUCACCCCGUGUCUUCUGGCCGCUUCCCUCUUUGCUGCCCCUCCCCACAGGCUCCCCCUCUGCACCUCCUGGGGACCGUCAUGAAUGGUGCCCCUUCCCUGGAGGACGGGGCCUUCCCCUCUCCUCCUCCCUUGCCACCACCCCCUCCCCCCAGUUGGCGGGAGUUCUGUGAGUCCCAUGCCCGGGCCGCUGCCCUGGAUUUUGCCCGCCGUUUCCGCCUGUACCUGGCCUCCCACCCCCAGUAUGCAGGGCCCGGGGCCGAGGCUGCCUUCUCCCGCCGUUUCGCUGAGCUCUUCCUGCAGCAUUUUGAAGCUGAAGUGGCCCGGGCCUCUGGCUCCCUCUCACCACCCGUCCCGGCCCCUCUGAGUCCCGGUGUGGAGAUCCCGCCACAUGACCUGUCCCUUGAGAGCUGCAGGGCGGGCGGGCCUCUGGCUGUGCUGGGCCCUUCUCGAUCAUCUGAGGACCUGGCCGGCCCCCUCCCUUCCUCGGUCUCUUCCUCUUCUACAACCUCCUCCUCGAAGCCGAAGCUAAAGAAACGCUUCUCCCUCCGUUCAGUGGGCCGCUCCGUCCGAGGUUCGGUCCGCGGCAUCCUGCAGUGGCGGGGGACCGUGGACCCCCCCUCCCCGGCCGGGCCCCUGGAGACCUCAUCAGGCCCCCCAGUGUUAGGCGGAAACAGCAACUCCAACUCCUCUGGUGGGGCUGGGACCGUUGGCAGGGGGCUGGUUAGUGACGGACCAUCCCCGGGGGACAGAUGGACUCACCGUUUUGAGAGGCUGAGACUCAGCCGGGGAGGAGGGACCUUGAAGGAUGGGGCAGGGGCGGUGCAGAGGGAAGAGCUGCUGAGCUUCAUGGGGGCGGAAGAGGCAGCCCCUGACCCAGCUGGAGUGGGCCGGGGAGGGGGGGCAGCCGGGCCUACCUCAGGGGGAGGAGGGCAGCCUCAGUGGCAGAAGUGUCGCUUACUGCUUCGAAGUGAAGGAGAAGGAGGAGGAGGAAGUCGCCUGGAGUUCUUUGUACCACCCAAGGCAUCUCGGCCUCGGCUCAGCAUUCCCUGCUCUGCCAUCACGGAUGUGCGGGCGACCACAGCGCUGGAGAUGCCUGAUCGGGAGAACACAUUUGUGGUUAAGGUGGAAGGCUCCUCAGAGUAUAUCCUGGAGACAGCUGAUGCUCUACAUGUGAAGGCCUGGGUGUCUGACAUCCAAGAAUGCCUGAGCCCGGGGCCCUGCCCUGCUACCAGUCCCCACCCCAUGACCCUCCCACUGGCCCCUGGGGCCUCAUUUCUUACAAGAGAGAACACAGACAGCCUGGAACUGCCCUGCCUGAAUCACUCAGAGAGUCUUCCCAGCCAGGAUCUACUGCUGGGACCCAGCGAGAGCAACGACCGCCUGUCACAGGGGGCAUAUGGGGGCCUCUCAGACCGCCCUUCAGCAUCCAUCUCUCCUAGUUCCGCCUCCAUUGCUGCCUCCCAUUUUGACUCAAUGGAACUGCUUCCCCCAGAGUUGCCACCCCGCAUCCCCAUUGAAGAGGAACCCCUAGCUGGGACAGUUCAUCCCCUCUCAACCCCCUACCCAUCCCUGGACACUCCAGAAACAGCCACAGGGUCAUUCCUGUUCCAGGGGGAAUCAGAGGGAGGUGAGGGGGAGCAGCCCCUCUCAGGGUAUCCUUGGUUCCACGGGAUGCUCUCUCGACUCAAGGCUGCCCAGUUAGUACUGGCCGGAGGCACCGACUCCCAUGGUGUUUUCCUGGUACGUCAGAGUGAGACGAGGCGGGGCGAAUAUGUCCUCACUUUCAACUUCCAGGGCAAGGCCAAGCACCUGCGUCUGUCGCUGAAUGAGGAGGGCCAGUGCCGGGUCCAGCACCUGUGGUUCCAGUCCAUUUUUGAUAUGCUCAAGCAUUUCCGGGUGCACCCCAUCCCUCUGGAGUCUGGAGGCCCCAGUGAUGUUGUCCUUGGCAGCUAUGUUGUGUCCUCCCAGCGGCAGCAGGAACCGAACACCUCCCACGACCCACCCCCACCCCCUGAACCCCCUUCAUGGACAGAUCCCCCACAUCCUGGGGCAGAAGAGGCGUCGGGGAUGUCAGAAGUGGCAGCAGCAACAGCCACAGCAGCCAAAGAGAGGCAAGAGAAAGAGAAAGUGGGCAGUGGAGGGAUCCAGGAAGAGCUGGUCCCCGUGGUUGAGCUGGUCCCCAUGGUUGAAUUGGAAGAGGCCAUGACACCAGGCAUGGAGGUCCAGGGAGGCCCUGGAUCUGGUGGGGUCCCUGAAGCAACACCGAUGGUGCAGCUCCAGCAGUUACCACUAGGGGGCGAUGGAGAAGAAGGGGGCCACCCCAGAGCCAUUAAUAACCAGUACUCCUUUGUGUGACACCCUACCCCCACCCUUUCUCCACUUUCUUGCUCCUCAGCCCUCAGUUCCUGAGACGGGGGCUGAGCGGGGACAUAGAGGAGCGGUAGGAAUCCCCUCCCCAUAUGCUUCCUUACCCUUGAUGGCCAAGGGAUGUAUGUUGGUACAAGAAGAGGUUCAAGAGUCCCGUUAACUCCCCAGUUCAUACACUACAGGUGCCCCGUCCCCUGGGGAGGGGACUUGGGCUCCAUUACCUCUCCAAGGGGCUCUACGGUCAGCCCCGCCCCUGGGCGCCAUUUCCCCAUUAUCUACCCCCAGCCCAAGGAGGGGUGAGGGGGAAGGGCUGUCAGUUAAUAUUAAGGUGGUUGUUGUUGUUGUUUUAAACAAAAUGGAGAAGCAUAAAUAAAUAAAAGGGUUUAUCUCAGUU